AUGAUAUACACCAAGGAUGGUUGUAGUUUUUGCACAAGAGCCAAGAACCUGCUCAAGGAGGAAAAGAUUGAGUACACUGAAUGUAAUAUAGAUCGAAUAAAGGAAACGAAUCCGGAUGAAUAUAAACCACGAGUCAACGGCCUCGUUUACAUGACUAGGCAGACGACAAUGCCUCAGAUCUUCAUAUGUGGACGAUUUGUGGGAGGGUGUACUGAUUUGGAGAAACUGCGUGAGUCACGGAAGCUUUACGAUGCACUCCUUGAAUGUACAGGAGAGAACAGUGUGCGUGAGUAA